GCGUUAACUAAGUUGGGCGAGCAGUUUGUAUAAAUAGAGCGGGUUUAAAACAGAAGAUAUCAGUUCCUCAUUUCUGAACAGUAAAGUUAGACUUGAAAGAGUAUCUUCAGAAUUUCACAAUGCUAGUUUUCGCGGGCGUUCUGGUUUUGUGUUUUGCCUCCGUGCAUUCCGCUGGGAUUUGUGAGGGAUUAUUCGGAGUGCAAUGGAAGAUGGACCCCAAAGACUGCGCCAAGUUCUACUGGUGUAUGAAUGGUAGAGAGUAUGAGUUCAAAUGUCCAGAGAACUCUGUUGUAAACCGCGAGAGCAGGUCCUGCGUCCCGAAGGGCUCCUCCUACGAUACAUGUACAGUUCAAACACCACAGCACGUGCCCUCGAUCUGCGAGAUGCAACCCGAGACACGCAUCGCCCACCCAGAUAACUGCGCCAAAUUCUACGACUGUUCUAACAAGAAAACAACUGGUGGGGAACCGGAAGUCAAAGAGUGCAAGUAUCCAUUCCUGUUUGACGACGAAAUCGGGCGAUGCGAGCAUUACAGCACAGCUAAAUGUGGCAGAAGGUUCGAGCCCAAAAAUGAAUGUGAUUAUGACGCCAAUAAAUGUAGAUCCGCCCAUUGUAUUCCAUGCCAUAUUCGCUACCCCAGCUGUGAAGGUUUCGAGGACGGCAUGAACCCAUGGAAAGGUCGUGAAGGGUCGCCCAACUAUGUCGUCUGUGACAGUGGACGCGUCGCCUAUCGUGGAGAAUGCCCCCGAUAUGCCGACACCCAGCACGUUUUUCAUCCCGUGAAAAAACUCUGUGUAGAUUACAAAGAAAUGGACAUGUAAUUAACCCACCCAUAGUGUCUUCAUAACAUAAUGUGAAUUUCCCCCCGUGUUGCUGUUUUCAACAUUUCUUUGUUUCAUACAAAUGUCAUCUUGUUUAAGUAUGUUUCCUUAUGUACCGUAACUUCUCCAAGUAUUUGGUGAAACAUCUGCGUUUAGAGAAACUAUUUUUGCAGAAUAAUCUCUCUUAAAUAUAAGGAUAAUAUUAAUCAGUUAAUGUUUUACAAAAAACAAAACACCAUUGGGUUUUUAUGUGAGGCAUUCAUAAGAACCCUAUUGUGUAUUCACUUACAAAAACCUUAAGAAAAUUAGAUUAGGUUGAAUCACGUUUUCUUUCUUUUCCUUCAAUUUUGACCCCCCCCCCCCCCCCCCCCCCCCCCGAAAAUAAUAAACGCCAUAGUGUAAGAGCCAUACAUAUACUGUAGGAAGCCAUAUUUGUUCUGCAUUAUUCACUAACACCAACGUGUAUUGCAUUUUAUCGAUUUCUAAUUCGAAGUCCGUGAUAUGUGUUAUUUAGAAAUCCUUCAACACCUCCAUCAUUAUUUCAUUUAUCCAACGUUUUCUCGAUUUUCUCGCUUUUGUAAACAUUGUUGUUAUUUAUUUAAGUUUGUGAUGAUUUUAGGCUGAGCCUGCCUUUCAAAUAAAAGGACAAUCAUAAUUUA